AUGGAAUUUAAAAAUGCAUUUGUAAAAUUGAAGACUAAUAAUCUACUUCAGUUACCAUUAAAUCAAACUGAAAAGCAUAUCACAAUUGAUCCAAAUGAAUUUCAAAAUCUUGACGUAACAUUAAUAUGUUACAAAAUUCAUUUAAAAAAGAAAAAUGAAGAAGUUUUUGCUUAUUUAUUCAAAAAUGUUAAUCCAACUGGUAUUUGGUAUGAUAUGAAUAUUCGUGAUGGUGAUCGUUUAGUUACUUUAAAUGGACAAAAUGUAACACAAUUAUCAUACGAAAAUAUUUAUUCAUUAAUAAUCGAAAAAAAACUUCCAUUUACAUGUGAGGUAGUCUGGCAUCCAGAGUUAUAUAUUGAUUUAGGUGAGAAUUAUUCAAUGUACGGUUAUUGA